UGUCAUCAUCCUCUAAAAAAUAUUGGACGGAGUCUUGUCAUAUCAACGAAUUUGAAUCUGAAACACGGAGGAGGGAAAAUUGCAUAUCGUCUCCAGAUUGUGGGUGACAUCACCUUGGAUUUAGGUAUGAGGAUUUUGUCUAUUCUAUUCUCCCUCCCGCUGAUCGUGUUGCACAAGACCAAUGGGGCAACCUCCGCCCCCAAGAAGGACCUGUACCUGAUGGGUCUCCUUCCGUUUGGCGGUAGUUGGCCAGGGGGAGAACUCGUCCUGGCUGCUUACAACAUGGCCUUGGAAGAGGUGAACAGGAAAGACAUCUUACCUGGGUACCAGCUCAAGUUACAUUAUGAGAAGUCAGAGUGUGAUAUAGGUACCAGCAUCAAUUCCAUGUACCGACUUUUCUACAAGAAACCAACGAAGAUCAUGCUUGUUGGCCCAAUCUGCUCACAUGCGUGUGAGGUCACCGCUCAAGCCGGGAAAUUCUGGAACAUAACACAGAUAUCCCCUGGUUGUGGCACAGGCACCCUCUCCGACAAAUCACUAUAUCCGUACUUCAUGAGGGUAAAUGGGCCAGACCAGCUCGCCAACACCGCCAGGAUUGCAUUUCUCAAGAAACACGGCUGGGCCAGAAUAGCCACCGUUUAUGAAACAACAACAUUGUUUUCAUUGGUUGUGAAAGACCUCCAAAAGAGAUGUACUGAAGAGAACAUUACGACCGUACGAUCAGAAACUGUAACAACAGACGUCAAAUAUCAGGUGGAAAACCUUAAGAAAUAUGGUGCCCGAAUAAUAUUCAUAUUCACUUACCAAGAACUUGGAACAAAGAUACUGUGCGAGGCUCUAAAAACUGGAAUAGUUGGUGCUAGAUAUGUAUAUAUCUUCCCAGCCUGGUGGGACGAUAACUGGUGGACGAUAGACAAGGAAACCGAGGCAAGGAUCAACUGUACUCGCCAAGAGCUCGCCAAAGCGGCAUCUGACACUUUCGGAGUCGCCAACUUGUUUGACAAUCCCUUUACAAACAUCACCGGUAUCGCCAACAUAACCGCGCAGGAAUUCGACCGUCUUUAUACAGAGACAAGUAACUUCACCAAAGUGGAUUUCGGCUACCUUUUGGUGCCUUCCGCAUACGAUACGAUAUGGACAAUAGCCUUAGGGUUGAACAAGGCCCAAGAACGGAUGGAACGAGAAGGCUGGAACAGAACAUUAGAAGACUUUACCUAUUCCGACCUCAACAUGACGGAACUAAUUCUUGCGGAGACCAAAUCAGUGGACUUCAUGGGCGUGAGAGGGAAGGUGGCCUUUACACCUGAGGGAGAUUGCUACACACUUGGCCAGAUCACACAGGUUCAGGAAAAGACAUUUGCAAAUGGCACUGCGUUUCUCAAGUCAGUUCGCCUGAUGAUCUACAAAGAUGCGACAGGAAACGAGUCAGAAGAACUGAUAACCAGAGGGAAACCGAUAUGGAAAGGAGGGAAGCCUCCCAAAGACAGCAUGACCACCCUUUUUGAGCACAUCCACACCAGCGUAUCCAUCUACGCCGUCAUGACCUCUAUAGCUGUCAUUGGUAUUUCUCUGGCCUGUUUCUUCUUGCUCUUCAAUCUUUAUCAUAGGAAGAAAAGAAUCAUCAAGAUGUCCUCACCGAACAUGAACAACUGCAUCCUUGUGGGUUGUAUCGUCAUGUAUACCACCGUUAUCUUCACUGACUUUGGGGCCACCGCAGCUGAAGGGGAGAGACAAAAUCUCAGUAUUGCAGUUUGCAAGUUGCCGGCCUUCCUGGCCUGUUGUGGGUUCUCCCUCUCUUUUGGGGCGUUGUUUUCGAAAACCUACAGAGUCCAUCGAAUAUUCAUCAAUAAGAAAAUGAAGCGACGGAUUGUCAAGGACAUUCACUUGUUUGCUAUGGUUAUGUCAUACCUGGGGAUAAACCUUCUCGUCCUGAUCGUAUGGGAGGCCGUCAGUCCACAGACCUUAAAUGUGAAAAUCACGUCCACAAAGGUGGUGGACGCAGACACAGAGACGAGCUACUGGGUGUACGUCUGCCAAUCCCCAUACUCUUCCCAUUUCUCUUCAGUAAUCUACGGAAUCCAAGGAAUACUUCUACUCUUUGGGGCUUUCCUCUCCUGGGAAACGAGAAAGGUCAAAAUUCCCGAGCUCAACGAUAGUAAGCAGAUUGGUAUGUGCGUGUACAACGUCAUUAUUCUUAGCCUACUGGCUGUGGGGAUGUCGUUCGCACUCGAGAACAAGGUGGACCUUAUCUAUAUUGUCCGGGCCUCGUGUAUCCUUCUUGGCACAACCGUCACGCAGAUUAUCAUCUUUGUACCCAAGGUACAGAUGUUGAUCUCGGGCGCUGUGGCCCCAGAGGACCUCAGUGAAGGCACAAUCGGCACAGUCACCGCAACCAUAUCAGCCUCUGCCACGGGCGACAGCUCUUAAUAUCAUACUCUCGUGGUUCGUGAACCCCUCGCACAUACACUAUCGACGAGAACAGUUUAGUUUACCGUCCGAAAGUCUUAUAUAUCCAACAUUAUGACCUCGAAUUCGCCAUAAAUCAUUAUAAGAAUGUGGCCGUCCGAAUAAUAUCAUUCUUACUAGCUUAGUACACAAUUUACUACCGUCCGAGUAAUUGAAAUUGUCUUUUAGAAAUAUUACUUAUUGUACUCGUCUUGUACUAUACUGUAACCCGGUAAUGAUUUUUUUAAAUCAUUUUUAUGUGAUAUGUAUCCUGAUUUAUAUAUUACAUUGCAUCCCGUCCGUACAGCUGAUCGAUAUUCGACUAACACUAUAAAAUCACGUUUUGCACAAUUUCAUGAUGUGUCCAUAUGCAUUCGUGCAAUCAGGUGGACCAGUAUAGCACAUGAAUAUACUGUAGUAUAAAGUUGUAUUAGAUAUCUCACAAUAUUGCUGCAACUGACAUGAACUCUGUCCUUAAGGCUGACCUAUGGUGGUAGUGGCCUCUUCAUUUUUGAAAUAUGCCGUCCGACUGUCAAUAUAUCCCUUUUAUACAUGUGAAUAACAUAUACAUGUGAAUAACAUAUACGGGUAACUUCUAAUGUUUUCUCUAACUGAAGCCAUAAAAUCCGUUUGUAAAAAUCGUAAUUUUGUCUGUAUAAACAAUUUCGUGGAUUAAUUCCAUUUAUUUAAAUGAAACACUAGUAAUUUUGAAAGAAUUUUUGCGGAAUGCGCACAUACUGCAGGGGAAAUCCGGAAUGGAUACCCUCGGAACCUGUCUAUCAUUUUUUGACAAUAUCUGAGAAACCGUACGGAAAACUGUUGUAGAUGUGUUUCAAAUGUGUUGUAAAUGUAAGCACAAUAAUUUUUAAAUAGACAAUUUCGACAUGCAAGCGUCCGUCCACGAUAGCAGCCACCUUAUUAUCUUGGGGGCCUUGUAUUUAAUGCGUCGAAAUAUCAACUCUCAGUUUGGUAGGGUAACAGAUACAUCACCAACAACUGUACAGCUUUAUGUUUGAUUGUUAAACAGAUAAAAUACGAAUGACGAAGAAAUUGAA